CAGAGAAAUUCAAUUUGAAAUCGUUUGAAACUCCAAAAAACACACACAAAAUCAACCAAAAUGCUGUGGGAAACCAUCCAGGAAGAAACCAACUGCAGCAUGGAUUGCAAUAUCAGCAACUCCAAUAGCCACAAGCUGACCGGCUCCCGUCGUGCUCGUCGCUCGCUGGAACUGAUGGCCAUGGACCACCAUCAGGAGGAGCUGUCGUUCUACGACGACGAUGUGGCGCCGCAGGAUCAGCAGCGUUCGGCAAGUCCCGAGCUGAUGGGCCUGCUGUCGCCCGAGGGAUCGCCCCAGCGCUUCCAGAUUGUGCGCAAGCAGCAGAUCCUGCCAGCUGCCGCUUCGGCCACCUCGCACACACCCGCCCGCAACAGCUUCAGAAUCUACAACAGCCUGUCCUCCACUUGCUCCAUGGAGUCGUCCAUGGAUGAUGAGUACAUGGAGAUGUUUGAGCUGGAGUCUCAGAGUCAACAGAACGCCGUUCUUGGAUUUCCCAGCGGCUUGAACUCUCUGAUCAGCGGCCAGAUCAAGGAGCAGCCUUCGACGACCGUUGUCCGGUCGCCGGCGGGUCUCUCCAUGCGUCGUCCUUCGGUGCGGCGCUGCCUCAGCAUGACUGAGAGCAACACCGCCACUCCACCCGCCCAUCUACAGCCACCAAAGACGCCAGAGACUGCUGCUCGGGACUGCUUCAAGCGCCCUGAUCCCCCGGCAUCCGCCACCUGCUCGCCCAUUCAGAGCAAGCGUCAUCGCUGCGCCACCGAGAAGGAGAACUGCCCAGCGCCACCAGCACAGAUCCUGCCCAGCAGCAAUCCCCCGCCGCUGAGGAAGUGCAUGUCGCUGAACGAUGCCGAGAUCAUGUCCGCCUUGGCUCGCUCCGAGAACCGCAACGAACCCGAACUGAUUGGUGACUUCAGCAAGACCUAUGCCCUGCCCUUGAUGGAGGGACGUCACCGGGAUCUGAAGAGCAUAUCCAGCGCCACGGUGGCUCGCCUGCUGCAAGGUGAAUUCGCCGAUCAGGUGGCCAGCUACCGGAUCAUCGACUGCCGCUACCCGUACGAGUUCGAGGGCGGCCACAUCGCUGGCGCCAAGAACCUGUACACCACCGAGCAAAUCCUCGAGGAGUUCCUCUCCGUCCAACAGACUGAGCUGCAGCAGCAGCAGAACAUUGAGUCGGGCCACAAGCGCAACAUCAUCAUCUUCCACUGCGAAUUCUCGUCGGAGCGUGGACCGAAAAUGUCCCGAUUCCUGCGCAACUUGGAUCGUGAGCGGAAUACCAAUGCCUAUCCGGCGCUCCACUACCCGGAGAUCUAUCUGCUGCACAAUGGCUACAAGGAGUUCUUCGAGUCGCAUGUGGAUCUCUGCGAGCCCCAUGCCUACCGCACCAUGCUGGAUCCCGCCUACAACGAGGCCUACCGUCACUUCCGCGCCAAGUCCAAGUCGUGGAAUGGCGAUGGCCUGGGCGGAGCCACGGGGCGUCUCAAGAAGUCGCGCUCCAGGCUGAUGCUGUAAGGAGGAGGGAGUCCCUGGGGAAUUGAUGGGGUGUUAUCGUAUUGUAUAUAACUCUAGACGCUUAGUUGUAUUUAUUUUCCGCGAGCGAUGCAUUUUUUAAGUUGGUUUUUUGUUGAUUUUCAUUUGUUAAUAAUCGUUAUCUUACACACACAAACACACACACACACUCAUAAUCUUGACAACAUGACACACACAACGCACUCAUACGACACUCGAGAGGAAUUUCAUUUAGUUUUUAUUUGUUUUUAAUGUAUGGAAAUUCGGCUUUAGUUCAAUUUAUUUCUUAGCACUUUUAGUUCAAAUUUUAACGAAAAACAAAAGGAGCGUAAAUGAAAAAAAUGUGCAUUAUAAUCUAAACGAAAUCGAAAUCAUUUUAAAUUUAAGAUCUAUAAUAUGCUACAGACUCCAUGAUCAUUUCACUUAGAUAAUAAGCAGACACCGAAAAUGGCUACGAAAUAUCGCACUACACCACACACAAACACAAAUUCAUACUUAUUUUUAAGGAAAUUACUUAAUAAGAGUUGCAAGAGUUGAAAACUUCUAGCUAGGUACCAA